AUGGGCUGCUGCGAGUCAGUACUGUCGCGUAAUGUCGACGACCAACCCCCAACCCAAGAACGCAUCUCACAUACAACAGCGACGAGGGAUACGAGCGACCGUUCCACGCAGCCAAGGCAACGAACGCGGCGCCCCCCCAAUGUCCCUCUAAUCGAGCACUACAACGAGCCAGUACGCAGCCAUGUGUGGCGCAGCAAGCGACGAACAUGGACGCGCGCACAGCUGGACCGCGAGCGCGCCGAGUUCUUUGAGACGCGCGUUGCCGGCAGCCCAGAGAUCUGGGCUGCUGUUUCGACAGUGAUAUCAUUGAUUCGAAGCGGUGACUUCGUUACUGCGCAGGGGAUCAUUGAUGCUGCGGGGAUUACUGUUCCCACCGGGGAUCUUUGUGAGGGUUGCUAUGAUGAGCAGGGCGUGCUUUACAGGGUUCCGCAAUGUGUUGUUAGUGAUCCGGAGAAUAUGGCUCCUUCGUCUUCGCGGACGGCUAGUGAAGAUGGCGGUCCUGCUGGAUCUGAAGAGGAGCCGGAUACUGGGACGCUCUCCGAUGGUAAGCUCGCUACGGAUGAUGCUUCCGGGGACGAGUUGAUUUCCCAGGAUGUUGAACGCCGCCGUGAUGAGAAGGGGAAGACGAGUGAGCGGGAUUUGAUCCGUGUGCUUGCUCGUUUGAGUGAUCGUGGAGGUCCGGAUAUCUUGCUUUCUAUUGGUAAGGGUCAGACCGUGGGGUUCUUGGCGAGGAAGGUGCAUCAGGAAGCCAAGCUCAAGGAUGAUAGGCGCGUUCGAAUCGCUUACCUAGGUCACUUGCUGAAUGAGCGUGAACCGCUCGUUGAUCAGGGGUGGAAGACUGGCCAUGUUGUCAAUGCUUUCGUCGUUUCCCCCGUUGAUGAUCUAGGCCUUUGA